ACACAUACUAAAACAGCAAUUAAUAUAUCGACAAACAGACACGGGUGAAGUCUGAUAUCAGCUGCACUGGGUCACAGGUGAAUGCUGUCCAAAUUGCCAUCCCAGUAUAAAAAACAACAGGACCUGAGUUAUGUUUAUAUACUGAGAAUAUCUCAGUGUAUAAUAUCUCAGAACAUCUCUUGUUUAAAACAUUUAGAUUGCCUCCUGGUUGCUUGACUUGAAACUUAACCAAGGUGUGUAGAUAUGCUUGUCCCACAUCAACAGGAAGUGGUGUACAGAAGUAGUAUGCUUCUAUAGGUUAGGUAAGGUUAGAUAAUAACACAGACUACUUGUUAGCAACUCACGUCCUCACUUAGCAUGUGUAUAUAAAAUAAUUAAGCUACGAUGAUAAUAUGACUAAUGUAGCCCUGUUUCACUGUUAGCACAUGGUGCAAACAUCAGAGCAUAGGGCUCUUAGUUGCUCCAUCUCGGCUGUUUCAUAAUCUUUGAGAACAUUCAGGUCCAUUUGGGGAUGAAAAACAUGUAUCAGGUGUGCUUGUGCUCCGGUUAAGUCCAGCUUGGACCUGAUUGUUCGUUCUGAGGUCCAUUUAGAACUGGAUUUGAGCUCCUAUAGAUCCUUCAUUUGUUCAUUUUUGGAUUAGAAUAAAACCUGCUGCUGGAUGUGGUACAGAAUGACUGUGGAAUGUUUUUGUGUCGUUUUCAGACGAGGCCCGUUGAAGCUGGGUAUGGUGAAGGUCACUCAUGUGGACUUCCCCCCAAAAGAGAUGGUCUCUUACAGCAAGGAGACACAGACUCCCACACAGACCCAGCAGAAAGAAGAAGAAGAGGAGGAGGAGGAGCUGGCAGUGAUGCCUCCUGCUCUUGAGACUCAGGAGGACGCUCCCUCUCAGAAAGAGGAUGAGGAAGCCCCACCUCAUGAGCUGACGGAGGAGGAGAGGCAGCAGAUUCUUCACUCGGAGGAGUUUGUGGCCUUCUUUGACCACAGCUCCCGCAUCGUGGAGCGCGCUCUCUCCGAGCAGGUGGACGUCUUCUUCGACUACAGCGGCCGAGACCUGCAGGAUAAAGAAGGAGAGUCGCAGGCCGGAGCCAAAAUAUCUCUGAACAGACAGUUUGCAGAUGAGCGCUGGUCCAAGCACAGAGUGGUCACUUGCCUGGACUGGUCACCUCAGUACCCUGAGCUGCUGGUGGCCUCCUACAACAACAAUGAGGAUGCACCACAUGAGCCUGAUGGAGUGGCGCUGGUCUGGAACAUGAAGUACAAGAAAACCACCCCAGAGUAUGUCUUCCACUGCCAGUCCGCAGUCAUGUCAGCUGCGUUUGCCCGUUUCCAUCCCAACCUGGUGGUGGGUGGGACCUACUCAGGGCAGAUUGUGCUGUGGGAUAACCGUAGCAACAAGAGAACCCCCGUCCAGAGGACCCCACUGUCAGCAGCAGCACACACGCAUCCUGUGUAUUGUGUAAAUGUGGUGGGAACCCAAAAUGCCCACAACCUCAUCAGCAUCUCUACAGAUGGCAAGAUGUGCUCCUGGAGCCUGGACAUGCUGUCUCAGCCACAGGACAGUCUGGAGCUGGUGUUUAAGCAGUCCAAGGCAGUGGCCGUCACCUCCAUGUCCUUCCCCCUGGGCGAUGUCAACAACUUUGUGGUGGGCAGCGAGGACGGCUCAGUCUACACAGCAUGCCGACACGGCAGCAAAGCGGGCAUCGGUGAGAUGUUUGAGGGCCACCACGGGCCAAUCACAGGACUCCACUGCCACACAGCGGCAGGCCCAGUGGAUUUCUCCCACCUGUUUGUCACCUCGUCCUUUGACUGGACCGUCAAGCUCUGGAGCACCAAGAACAACAAGCCGUUGUACUCGUUUGAGGAUAACUCGGACUACGUGUAUGAUGUCAUGUGGUCUCCCACACACCCUGCCCUGUUUGCCUGUGUGGACGGAGUGGGACACCUGGACCUGUGGAAUCUUAACAAUGAGACAGAGGUUCCCACUGCGUCAGUGACGGUGGAAGGAAACCCCGCGCUCAACCGUGUGCGCUGGGCCCCCUCGGGGAGGGAGGUUGCCGUGGGCGACUCAGAUGGCCAGGUCCUGAUCUACGAUGUGGGAGAGCAAAUUUCUGUCCCUCGUCAGGAUGAAUGGACACGCUUUGUGCGCACGCUCUCUGAGAUUAACGAAAACCGGGAGGAUGCCGAGGAGCUCGCCGCCCAGCGAUUGGCUGCCUGAUCGCCAAGGCAACCUGGAAUCAAUCCCGUUGCUCUUUUGGUUUCCGGCCUGCACUCUCUUCCUACGUGUUUUUAUUUAAACAGAUACCUGGCAUGAAAAAUUACAAACUUCCACAUUCAGGAUUGUUUUGAACUAGCUCUACCAACACUAACUCAGAACCUACCACUCAGAUAUGCAAAACUUUUUAUCUUUCAACUUUUUUGUAGUGCUGUUUUUCAGUGCAUUAACUUAAACGCUCAACAUUAAUUGUAUUUAUUUAGGAAUGAGGUUUUGUUAUUUUUAUUCCUCGUACUAUUUUAUUUUAUAAUCUAAGCAGUAUAGUAUAAGCAAUGUUAAAAACAUUAACAGUUACAUUAGACACUACAAAGGGUCGGGGGGUCAGGGGUCAGGUGCUGUUCUCCUCCUGACGCUGUACCACGUGUAGUAAAAUUAAGGAAUAGCUAACGCUAAGCUAUCACAAGUGCAGUCCAGCAGUGAGGUCCCACCUUUUGGACCCUGAUGCCUUAAGCCCCACCCACCUCCCAGCCCAGUGCACCAACCAGCCUUGAGUUCCGUCGAACCACACCUCAGUAGAUCCUCAAUACCCAAUUUAGUUGCAGUCCAGUCAUAAAGGGUCCGUUACCCAUCCAUCCACCCAUACAGAACAAUAGAGGUUAAUGUAGAUUUAGUGUUGGAUUGAGUAUAUGCUGAGGUCAUGACCUCUAUACCUCUCGACUUUCUCAUCAAUCACGCAUGCAUACAUUUCAAACAGGAAAACAAUUAGCAUCAUUUUAACCACAGCACACAUUUAGAAUCUGUUUUAUUUGGACAACAUCCAUAAUCAUACAUUUCAUUAUUUUGUGGCAUGUUUCUCCAGCAAGUGCUUGACUUUCCUAUUACAAGCACCAGGAUCUUGACCACUACCAGCCAGUAGUGUGGGCUGCAGGCUCUCUGGACCUCUCCUGGCUUGGAACUACUUGGUAACCGUUGCAGUGCUUUUUUUUCCCUACUUUUAAACCAAAGCGAGACCUUGUGCUAGUCUGUUCCAGUGUUAUUCCUGAAACUCUUAGUCUUCCCUAUCGGAGAGACUGUAUGAAGGUUUGCAGAUGGGUCUGGUAAAUUGAAAAUUGAUCGAACACACACACACUUCGAAACAUCAAGUGCAUGCAUUCCACACAAACACAUUCCAGACAUACACCUACAAACACA